CCCCGAGUGUCUCUCCUACCUGACGGGCGUCCAGGAGCAGAGCGCCUUCAACUUCUGCGCCAUUCCGCAGUGCAUGGCAAUCGCGACCCUGACGCUCUGCUUCCGCAACCAGCAGCUCUUCGACCGGAAGCUAAAGAUAACGAAAGGCGAGGCGUGCAGACUCAUGACGGAGUCGACCCGAAACCUUCGAGCCGUCUGCGACGCCUUCAGGAGGUAUGUCAAGGUCAUCAGGCGGAAGAACGUUCCGCGGGAUCCCUCGUUCUUGCGAAUCAACGCAGCUUGCAUGAGGAUAGAUCGUUUUAUCGAGUCGAAUUUCCCGACGGCGGGUAAUGUGACAACUCCUGCUUGAGUGGGCUAUCUAACUUUAAAAAUGACGCACUC